UUCACUCCAAGCUUUUGAUAAACUUGAGGACCCUGUCUAAAAUAAUAAACUCAUUGCAAGGCAAGGAUGUGGCGGCACAUAACAGGUGUAGGAAAACCCGGAGGGCAGACACCAACACAAAAGAGAAAAACUGGUGAUGAGUGGCUAGUAACUUUGGAAAACCACUAGCCACAGUGGCUGGUAAGCAAAAAUGUUAAUGUCAAGUGCUGACGACAACCUAAUGUUUUGGUUUUUGUGUUCUAUAUGUUGAAGAUGGAUCCUGAACAACUCUCAGUGCUCUCGAGAGAGCUCAGGCGACAGGAGAAGAUCCUGGCUCGCCAAGCAGUACACCUUGCACUGAAGGCUGAAUUGUUGAUGGAGCAGCAGGAGGAGCUGGGGAGCAAGAUGGAGGAUGUGAACAGGUGGGAGGAAGUGGUCACUAAGAGGGAGGAGGAAGUGACCAGGUGGGAGGAGGUGGUUACUAAGAAGGAGGAGGAAGUGACCAGGAAGGAGGAAGUGUUCACUAAGAGGGAGGAAGAAGUGACCAGGUGGGAGGAGGUGGUCACUAAGAAGGAGGAGGAAAUGACCAGGAAGGAGAAAGUGGUUACUAAGAGGGAGGAGAAAGUGACCAGGAAGGAGGAAGUGGUCACUAACAGAGAGGAGGCUGUUUUCCGGAAGGAGGAAAUGGUCUCUAAGAGGGAGGAGGAAGUGACCAGGAAGGAGGAAGUGGUCACUAAGAGGGAGGAGGAAGUGACCAGGAAGGAGGAAGUGGUCACUAAGAAGGAGGAGGAAGUGACCAAGAAGGAGGAAGUGAGCACUAAGAGAGAGGAGGCUGUUGCCCUGAAGGAGGAAGUGGGCACUAAGAGGGAGGAGGCUGUUGCCAUUCUGGAGUCGUUAGCCAAGGUGAAAGAGGAAGUAGUGUUGAUCAAGGCCACAACCCUUGGUGCUGUCCAGACCCUGGCUCCCACCACAAACAUUCCAGUGACCCCUCCCCUGAAGGCAACCUCCACCGUGUCCCUCACCCCAACCAAUACCUUGAUGGGGACCCUGAGCCUGAAGGAGACCUCAAACCUGCCUCUGACCCCGAACCACACCACCACCUCCAUCAUCAAGUCAACCAACAGAGUGGCCUUUAGAGUAAUACCCCUGAAGUCUUCAACCUUUGACCUCCAGAACUCACCCAGCGUCUGGAUCUGCAAGGAUGGCCGUGGAGACUGUGGCUGUGGCCCCAUUAGCCCAAUCCCCCAUCCUCAUCACCACCGUUGCCACGCCCAGAGACGCCGCUAAACUGUGAACAGUGAAUAAAAAUCAUGAAUUUG